AAAAUAACGUUAGUACAAGACAAAAAAUGGGAACAAUUGCAGGAAUUCAAUUGAAUAAGUUUUCCCCUAAUAAAAUUCAAAAAAUUGUUAAAAAUCGAAUAAUUACCAAACCUAAUCCUACUAUUUCAAUGCAUUCAAAUCCCCUAAAACCAUGGACUGUACUAGGAACUGAUCAUCAAAAUAUUAUUGAUAAAAAUUUAAAGGAUUUGACAAAUGAAUUAGAACAUGUGGAUAUAAUGAAUGAAGCAGAAUUGAGAAGAUUUAUUUCUAGUUGGAUAUUGCAACAACACCAAAAAGUUAGAGAACCAGUGAAACGAAUCCCUAUAUAUAUCAAGCAACUUCUUGAAACAAUGUUUCAUGCAGGAACUGCAAACCCAAGAAAUAAAAUGACAACUGCAGAGAUGCGAUGCUGGAAACAUGCAAUGGCACUUCAAGCAAUUGAAGCAGCAAAACAUACCUUGAAUGCAAGAGAGUCUUUGGAAACAAGUUAA